GGGAACAUUUUGGGCAUGCGAAUAGACGAACACUUAGCUUUGGUCGGACUCUACGUAGUGAAAAAGGAAUUCAGGUUUAAAGGGUAUGGAAAAUUACUAUGGCAAACUCUAAUGUCCCACGUGGGUCACAGGAUUUUAGCCUUAUAUUCUGUAGAUUACCGCAUCGAUGCCUACAAAAAACUCGGGUUUUGCGAUCCCACUUUCACCGUUUGCAUAUAUGGAGCUACCGUUAAGAGGAAUGAAAAUUUUCUUAAAAAUAGUGAAUCGGUAUCUCACACCGAUCCAAAGAUAGAAAUUAUAGAUAUCAGAAAAAAUGCUCAACUGAUAGAUCACUUAAUUGAAUACGAUUCUACCAUCCACACAACAUUACGCAUCGAAUACAUAAAAGAAUGUAUAGGCGAUAAAGAAAAUAUAGCGCUAUUAGCUGCGGUAGAUAAAUCUUGGCUCGAUGACCACAAUAAUUACAGUUCUUCUGCCACAUAUAACGUCAAUAGUGGCAAUCACUCCUCUCAUUUAACCUCGCCAAUUAAAGGUUACGGCUUUCUCAUAAAACGUUACAUAGGCCACGCUAUUACUCCUCUUUAUGCCGAUACCCCUUUCAUUUCUCAAGUAUUGUAUCAACACUUAGUCGAUAAAGUGCCAGACGGAGAUGAGCUAGAGGUUCUAGCGCCUGUCAAAAUAUUAAAAAAUAAUCAUAAUAAUGAUGAUGAGAUGAAUGGAGAUACUACGAAGAAUGAGACUCUCAAAUUUACCAAUAACCGUCUUAAAAUAUGGGCUGAUAAGAACUGGAACAACUCCCACUUUACUAACAUCAAAAUUAAGAUCACAGUGUAUCGGAUGUAUAAAAUGGAUCAUUUUAAUAACAACGAAAAGGACUAUCAAGAGAAGUGCGAAAAUUCGCGAUACAAUAAUGUGUACAGUGAUAGUUUUGAGAAAUACGAAGCUGAUAAAGAGGAAGAAACGGGAAAUUCAAACGAUGCAGUACAUAAUAAUGAAAACAAAAUGAAAUUAGUUAAUAGAUGGGGUGUAGGUUUGAUUCCCGUCGAUAAAGUUUAUAGUGUCUCCAGUUUAGAAGCGUAUUGGAUUUAAUUGCCUAUUCAUAAUUUAAAAAAAAGGGAAGUUUAUAUAAAUAAAAGGAUGCAAGUUCUGUGCCUA